AUGCGACCUUCUUCUCGUCCAUGUAAGUGGCGUCGUUCACUUUCUGGCAGCUACACAUCGUCGGCAAUUCAAUCUCUAUUCUUGUCGUCGGCCCAAUCGUCGGCGAUUCCUGGCGCUAUUGGAGGGAUUGUGGUCGUUGUUGAUGUCUUCGGGAAUCAAGCGGAGUGGAGAGCGGCAUUCCCGGCUCGGAGGAGAAGCUCCCGUCAGGAAAUAGAUCGGGAUAUGGUAGGGGAGAAGCUGACCAGAAGAAUGAGUGGGGAGAGAGAAUGA